AUGGAUCCUUUCAAUGGUUUCAACACUAUCAGACCUACCACUUCUAGUGUGAAAUUUAAAGAUGUUGCUGGUCUUCAUGCAUCCAAAGAAGAAGUUAUGGAAUUUGUGUCUUAUCUAAAAGAUCCUCAAAGGUACCGAACCCUGGGAGCUAAACUUCCGAAGGGAGCACUUUUACUUGGUCCUCCAGGAACUGGAAAAACGUUGCUUGUCAAAGCAUUGGCUAAUGAAGCUGGAGUUCCGUUCUUUUCAAUGGCUGGACCACAAUUUGUGGAGCUUAUUGGAGGGCUUGGAGCUCUUCGUUUACGACAACUAUUCAAAGUUGCUCGAUCGCAACCAUCAGCUAUAAUAUUCAUAGACGAGCUUGAUUCUCUUGGACGGCGUCGUAUUUCUGUUGAUACUGGAAAAAAAGGUUUUGGUCGUCGCGGCAACCGCGACUCUAGUGGUGCAUCCGAAAUGGAACAAACUUUAAAUCAACUGCUUGUAGAAAUGGAUGGAAUGGACACAACUGAAGGUGUUAUUGUGUUUGGAGCUACGAAUCGUGUCGAUCUUCUAGACGAAGCCUUGCUGCGUUCAGGACGAUUUGACAGGCAUAUUUUCAUCGACCUACCAAAUGUGGCCGAACGAAAAGAAAUUUUUGCCAUGUACAUCGCUAAAUAUCAACUUGCUUCUGAUGUUGUGCAAGAUGAACUGGUUGAAAGAUUAUCAGGUUGGUGUCCUGGAAUGAGUGGAGCGGAAAUCUCUCGUCUGUGCAAUGAAGCUGCUUUAGUUGCUGCUCGGAGAGACAGUCAGGAUUUUGGAGUCACUAAAGCUGACUUUGAAACAGCAUUUGAAAAAAUAUCAGCAGGUACUGCAAAACGUUCAAAUCCGCUUACUGCCGCUGAACGUCGUAUGGCAGCUGUACAUGAAUCUGGAAGAGCUCUUGUAGCAUGGUUGCUUCCAUGCAGUGGACUGUUGCCAGUGAAAGUUUCAAUUAUACCACGUACAAUUUCUGGUCCAGAUAGUGUUGGAAAUUUAGGUUUUACACAGUUGAUAUCAGAAGAAAAGUAUCUGUUAAAUAGGGAGGAUAUAGCUGACCGCAUAGCUAUAUUGUUGGGUGGCAGGGCAGCUGAACACAUUGUUUACGAUGCUGUUUCUGAUGUCUCUAAGAAGUAUUUGCGGGAAGCUAGUAAAUUAGCCAUGAAACAAGUACGUCAAUUCGGCAUGUCAAAGGCUAUCGGCAAUCUCAGUUUUGAUGACGAAUCAGCCAGUGGACAAUUUUCUGUGAAACCAUUUUGUCAAAAAACUGAAGCUAUUAUGGAAUUAGAAGCACAUCAACUUGUAAUUUCAGCAUUUUCUCGUUGUGUACAAAUGCUACAGGAAAACAAGAAAAGCCUGCUAAAACUUGUUGAUGCUCUUGUGGAAAAAGAAGUUCUUACUUACGAUGAUCUUACACAAUUAUUAGGCGAUAACCAUAAAUCAACAAAAAUAAAGCCUCGUUUGUGA